GUGUUUUAACUGGGUUCGACCAGGUUAGAACUCUGGCCGGAUCCAAUAGCAAUCAUUCUGACUGAACCGGCCCGUUCAAAAAGCAUUACGUAAGAGGAUCAACCUUAUCCAAAAGAAUCCAAAAAUCCAAAUACUUUCCCAAUUUCCAAUUGCAAAUAUGAAAGCUCCCCAAUAUUCUCAUGACGGCCAUUUCUUCACAGCCAAACUACCUUGGCUUUCCUCAUUAACUACCAAACCUCCAUGGACAAACUAUCUCCAUUUCACCAUCUCUCCACAACUUUCCUCCAAAACCCGACAAUCUUCAACCCCCCAAGAACCCAAAAAGCUCCAGGCUUUACCUUAUUGGAUGACUUGGGUCAGGUCAAAAGUCUGAAUUUAGUGAAAGCAAUGCAUGCCCAGAUGAUGAAAUUGUCUAACAAGAGUAACAUGGAUGCCAAGGGAAAUAAUUUGGUCACAUAUUACCUGGAAUUUGGUGAUUGUAGGUCUGCUGCAAUGGCUUUGUUUGCCAGUUCUACACAAAACUAUCACUCAUGGAGUUCUUGCCUGGAUGAACUUAGAAGAUUUGGGGGGGACCCACAAAUUCUUGAGCUUUUUUGUGAGUUUCAUGGAGGUGGAGUGAUGUUUGAUAGCAAACUUGUUUGUGUUGUUUUGGAAAUCUGUGCAAGUUUGAAGAAGUUGUGGCUUGGGGUGGAAAUUCAUGGGUAUUUGAUCAAAAGGGGUUUUGAAUUUGAUGUGUAUUUGAAGUGUGCAUUGAUCAAUUUUUAUGGGAGUUGUUGGGGCAUAGAAAGUGCCAACCAAAUGUUUGAUGAAAUGCCUGAGAAGGAAGACAUGUUGUGGAAUGAGGUCAUCAAGCUCAACUUGAAGAAUGGGAGAUGGGUGAAGGCAUUGGAAUUGUUCAGAAGUAUGCAGUUUUCACGUGCUGAAGCAAACAGUUCUACAAUUGUCAAAGAACUACAAGCUUGUGGAAAAGUUAGAGCUCUCAAUGCAGGAAAGCAGAUUCAUGGGUAUGUUUUAAGAUGGGCAUUGGAUUCAGAUUUGUCAAUAUGCAAUUCACUUAUUAGCAUGUAUUCAAGAAAUGACAGAUUAGAAUCAGCUAGGAAAGUUUUUAAUUCAAUGAAAGAUCGUAACUUAUCGACAUGGAACUCGAUUAUCUCUUCUUAUGCUUCACUUGGUUGUUUGAAUGAUGCUUGGAUUCUUUUCCAUGAAAUGGAAUUGUCUUAUGUGAAGCCAGACAUUGUGACUUGGAAUUGCCUUUUGUCAGGACAUUUUAACCAUGGCUUAUAUGAAGCUGUCCUGGUGGUUUUGCAGCGAAUGCAAAAGGCGGGCUUUAAGCCAAAUUCAAGCUCUAUCACUAGUGUUCUUCAGGCGGUUACUGAGUUAUGUGUCUUGAAACAUGGGAAAGAAGUUCAUGGUUUCGUGAUAAAAAAUGGGCUUGAUGAGUAUGAUGUUUACGUAGGAACUUCGUUGGUAGACAUGUAUGUGAAGAAUGAUUGUUUGUCCAGUGCUCGAAAUGUUUUUGAUAGUAUGAAGAACAAGAACAUUUUUGCUUGGAAUUCAUUGAUCUCAGGGUAUUCCUUCAAGGGUAUUUUCAAAGAUGCUGAAAGACUAUUACAUAACAUGAGUCAGGAAGGAAUCAAGCCCGACUUAGUUACAUGGAAUGGUCUGGUUUCGGGGUAUGCAAUGAGGGGCCACCAUAAGGAAGCUUUGGCUGUGAUUCAUCGGAUUAAAAGUUCAGGGUUAACUCCUAAUGUGGUUUCAUGGACUGCUCUUAUAUCAGGCUGCUCGAACAAUGAGAAUUACGCAGGCUCACUCAAGUUUUUCAUCCAAAUGCAAAAAGAAGGUAUCAGGGCAAACUCUGCCACCAUAUCCAUCCUACUUAAAGCAUGUGCAGGCCUAUCAUUGUUGCACAAGGGUGAAGAGAUACAUUGUCUCAGUAUACGAAAAGGUUUUGUUGAGGAUGUAUAUGUAGCCACAGGACUUAUCGACAUGUACUGUAAGGCAGGUGAUUUCAGAAGUGCCCAUGAGGUUUUUAGGAAGACUAAGAACAAGACCUUAGCUUCUUGGAACUGCAUGAUUAUGGGGUUUGCCAUUUAUGGCUUUGGGAAAGAGGCUAUUUCUCUUUUCGAAGAAAUGCGAGGAGUAGGUGUGCAGCCAGAUGCUAUAACCUUUACAGCUCUGCUCUCUGGUUGCAAGAACUCGAUCUUAGUUGAUGAAGGAUGGAACUUGUUUGAUAGUAUGACAACCGAUUAUAACAUAUCUCCUACAAUUGAGCAUUUCUCUUGCAUGGUAGAUCUUCUCGGAAGAGCUAGUUAUCUUGACGAAGCUUUGGAUUUUAUACAAACGAUGCCAUUGAAGCCGGAUGCAACUGUAUGGGGUGCUUUCCUCACAUCUUGUCGAAUCCACAAAAACUUGAGGUUUGCAGAGAUUGCAGCAAAGAAUCUCUUUGAGUUGGAACCUCAUAAUCCAGCCAAUUAUGUCUUGAUGAUGAACUUAUAUUCAAUGUCACAUAGAUGGGAGGAUGUAGAGCGUCUUAAAGAUUUGAUGAAGAAUGCCGGGGUGAAAAAUGGGCCUGUGUGGAGCUGGAUACAAAUUGAUCAGACAAUUCAUAUGUUCUCUGCCGAAGGGAAACCUCAUACCGAUGCAGGAGAAAUAUAUUUUGAACUUUAUCAUCUGGUUCAUGAGAUGAAGAAAUUCGGGUAUGAGCCUGACGUUAGCUGUGUACAUCAGAAUAUUGACGAGGAGGAGAAGAAGAAGGUGCUGCUAAGUCACACAGAGAAACUGGCCAUUACUUACGGACUGAUGAAUACGAAAAUUGGAGAACCUAUCAGGGUGAUUAAGAACACACGAGUUUGUUCCGAUUGCCAUACAGCUGCAAAAUACAUGUCGUUAGCACGUAAACGCGAGAUUUUACUCAAGGAUGGUGUCCGGUUUCACCGUUUUAGGGAAGGAGAGUGUACCUGCAAUGACUGCUGGUGAGGAAGAUCAAGGCAGAUGGGGUGAGAACUUCGCCCAAAUUGGUCAAGUUUUUGGUGAAUGCUCCGUACAAUGCACAGAGCUCUGCGAGGAUUGCUGAAGCCGGUUUUUCAAGCGCCGGCCGGUUAAGAUUAAUAGAACUUGGGUUACUAGGAAAGCCCCCGAGAUGUACAUGUUCUUAAGUUUUUACAGAGAUAUCAUAAGAAAGAAUAGGCCAUUUUUAUUGAA